GCUUCUUCUCAGGUUGACUCUUAUCUCCACUUCUCUCUCCACUUCAUAUUUCUACUGACCGACAAACAUGAAGGUUCUGCUGUUUACUGCCCUGCUGGGAUUGGCCAUCGCUGACAAGCGACCUUCAAAUAGUUACGGAGCCCCAAAUGGAGGUUUUGGUAACGGAUUUGGAGCUUCUAAUGGAGCUCCAAGCAAUGGUUACACAGCUCCAGGAACCAAUGGCUUCGGAACAGCUGCAAGUAAUGGAAACGGUGCAGCCUCAGGUAAUGGGUUUGGACAAACUUCAAGCAACGGGUUCGGAGCUGCCCCAAGCAAUGGAUACUCAGCUCCCCCAAGUAAUAGGUACGGUCCCCCGACAGGUUCCUAUGGACUAGAUGCCGAGCUGGUUGCUCUGCAGGAGAACAUCCCCGGUGGUGGCGUCCCCGGGGAAGAUUACCCUGUCUUGGCUUCUCCACCAGACACUGACUUCUCCUGUGACGCCCAGGCAGUGGCUGGCUAUUACGCCGAUACCGACCCUGAGGCCCGUUGCCAGGUGUUCCACAUUUGCCAGGACCGCGCCGUCAGACGCCAGAAGGACUCCUUCCUGUGCCCCAACGGUACCAUCUUCAACCAGCAGUACCUGGUGUGCGACUGGUGGUUCAACGUUGACUGUUCCCAGGCUGAGAACUUCUACUCCGUCAACGAACUCAUCGGCGUCGUCCCCGACGUUGGCUAUGGUUAUGGUCCCGCCACCAACGGCAUUAGCAACGGUAAUGGUAACGGUGGCAGUUAUGGAAAUGGCAAUGGAGCCAACGGAAACGGAAGGAACGGAAAUGGCGUAAAUGGAAGGAACGGUAACAAUGGUUACGGUUCCAACGGCAAUGGAAGAAAUGGAAAUGGUGCUGGUAACGGCAAUGGCAACGGUGUGAAUGGGAAUGGUGCCAGCAACGGAUAUGCUAAUGGUGCCAACGGUAACGGAAGGAACGGAAAUGGCGCAAAUGGAAGUAACGGUAACAAUGGUUACGGAUCCAACGGUAAUGGAAGGAAUGGAAAUGGUGCCGGUAACGGUAAUGGUGCCAAUGGCAACGGUGUGAAUGGGAAUGGUGCCAGCAACGGAUAUGUUGCUCCAUCUGCUCCCUCCGCUGCCUAUGGAACUCCAUUUUAAAAUGUCCUUCUUUGUCUCAUGUCUUCUGUCACUUGACUUUCUCUCUGCUACAACGAUUCGACUCAGAAACGAACGUCGACUUAAGCUAACUUUUGUAUAAAUAUUUAUAAGAAUUAUAUUUUUAUGUUUAGUCAAAGAUUGUCAUUAAUUAUAUAAUAAAAAUUUUGAAUCCUGAA